AUGAACGUAAGUAAUCUCAAAUUUUUGAUCGACUCAAUCAAGCCUAAAAUCAAGAUUGAGGAAAUUUUACAUGCAUCACCCUCAAAAGCCUGUGCUCUUCUGGAGGAAUUUUACAAGGACAAUGAAGAGUUGACUGAACAGGAUACUUCUUCAUUCGAUAGGAAACAAGCCGAAAGGCUUUGUGAUUUAUUACACAAAGAAUGUGAGAAGGAAAUUAUCAGAGUGGAAAAUGUCAAGAUCCUACUUCGUCUCAUGAUGAAUUUGUCAGAUCGGAAUGAGGCUUGUUCCAGUCUCUUAUCUGUUGAUAGUUUCGUCUCUGUCAUGUACGAUUUGUUUAUCAGAUUUGAACUCUUCUUUGAGAAGAUUACAUCAGAACAGGAAGAAACUGCUUCAGAGGCUAGAAUCCGAGAUAGUUGGGAGAAGCUAUUCUGUAACUAUUUGUGUACUACUCACUCCUUCUUUGAAAGUUCGAAUGCAAAGCUCUUGUUCGGAGAGAAAUUCAUUCCAGCCUUAGUGAGAGUGAUUUCAAAGCCUAAGAAGUAUGAUGUAUUUGUGAGGAGACAUUCAGCUGAGAACAUCAAUCAAUUGGUGAAACACUCUAAGGAAAACAAGUUGGUCCUACUCAACUCUCCAUCAUUGAUGACAACUUUGGCAGAGAGCCUUAUGGAAGCAGGUGACUAUGGAUUGCAAGCUAACAUCACUGAGAUUCUAUUCAGAUUGACUUCAUGGAAUAAUUCUACAGAGAGUGCAAUUCGAUCAAUUUUCCAAUGCUUUGGUGAUGCAACAGACAAGAUUGUUGUCAUUUUCAAUAAUAUCAAGGGUGAUGAUGCUUUUGUGGAGAGUAUUAGAUCAUUUGUUGUGGAAAUGAAUGAACAAAUAUCCGAAGAUAAGAGAACUGUCUAUUCUAUCAAGACUGAGAAGAUGAAGAUGGGUGCUUAUGAAUGUUUCCCUGGGUGGGUUGAUUUUGGUACUCGUUCAAUGAGCUGUUUCAUUACUCAACCAGGAGAUGAUAUCAAAGACAUUGUUGAUUUUGAAUACACAAACAUUAGAACAUUGAGACUUUCCUACAAACAACGUCAACUAGUUCUCCAGUUAUUCAACGAGUUGGACGGAUAUGAAGCAUACUAUGACGCAACAGAUGAUUCUCAAAUAAUUGGUAUUGAUAUGACUAAGGAAUCUUUACAAUUAAUUAAGAAGACAAUUUCUGGUUUGAUUUCUGCCUGCAGAGAGAAGAACAAACAAAAAGAGGAGCUCAUCAAUCAACCACCAAUCCCAGAGAUUGCUAAGCCUAAUCCAACCAAAGAGGUAACAAGAAAGGUUUCUACCUCCAUCAUUCCACUAAAGGCUACUCAAAGUCAAGAGCUUACUCCACCAACAAAAGUAGAAGCAGUGCAAAUGGAAAAGAAACAGGAGGAGGAAACUAAGCAAGAAAAGUCAUCAAGCGAUAAAAACACUACCUCCAAGAAAAAGGAUGACAAGGAAACUAACUCUAGAAAGAAAAAGCCAACCACACGUUCAACAUCCAAGAAGACAGAAAAGACCAAAGCAACUAAAAAGAGCUCCUCUUCCUCAAAGAAAAAGUCAAAAGAGAUGGAAGAAAAGAAAAUGGAUGUAGAGCAACCAAUUAGCUCACGGAUUGGUGAUUUAUUAGAACAAGUUGUAAACUCACCAGACAAAUCCAAAACACCAUGUGAUGGUAUCUCAACCAUAGCAACUAUGGACGUGAAUGAAAAGUUUUCUGAUUGGGGAACAUUCCUUAAUGCACCUCUUCCUGAUAUGAUCUCAACCAACAGCACUACUGUUUCAGUGUUCGAAGACUCUGACUCUCAUUCCUCCAAAUCUCCACUCGUAGAGAGAAGACUGUUCGAUGAUCCUAGUGGUAUUGAUACAACCUUUGGAGGGCUCAACCUUGAUGAGACUUUUUAUAUUCAACCAACUCCAAAAUCCAAGAAGGGAACCAAGAGAAAGCACUGCGAAGACAAUGAAAGCGAUGAUUUCUCAAGUGAGGUUACUGCCAUGAUGUCAACCAUAAUUAAGAAACAACAAGAGAAAAAGAAGAGAAAGCUAGAGAGCAUGAAAAAGACAACCUUGGAAAAUAUCAAAAAGAUGGUGGCAGAGACAAAGAAAAAGAGGUUGAAGGAAAGAGAAUCUCUUGCUGCUUUACACAAACAGACCGUAUUGGAAGUUGAGGAGUCCAUGAUGAAUUUGGCUAAAAAGAUGAAGAAUUCGUAUACCAAAUUUCAACAAGAAAUAUCCUCUCAAAUUCAAAAGCAUCAAGAACUGAAUUCCAAGCUUAAACAACUUAAAGAAAAUCAUCAAGAGAAAUUAUCAAUGCUCAUUUCAUUAUUGGAUAAUUUUGAUUAUGGUCCUUAUGAACAAUUUAUGGGAGUCAAAAGGGGAAGAACGGAAGAAGAUCCGAUGGAAAAUAACGAACCAAUUCAAGCACUCGAAUCUUUGGCAUUUGUAGGGAUGCUCGGAAAUUGUAUUGGAUUGAAGUGGAAGAAUGGAGUUCAUAGGAAAUUAUUGACUUGUGUGGCAAAUUUACAAUCGAAGGAGAAGGGGAAUAUUAAGGCAAUCAAGCCAAGACUGAAACAAUUGAACGAAUGGUUGGAUAUUGAAAAGAGAAUGAAAUUACAAAAAUUCUUAACCAAGCUGAAAAUGACAAGAUUCAUGACAAUGAGCUUUGGAUUGUCUAGAUCUGUAAUAUUAACUUUUAGAGAUGAUGGACUUCCUAUAUUUAUUAGAAAUUGCUCUCAACAAACCCUUCGUUUCAAUAAUAUUGAAGUAAUCAAAAGUGGACAAAUUAAUCGUGAUUUCAGUCUCAAUUUAUUAGAAAACGAGAAGGAAGAAACUGCCUUUAUUGAUUUGUUUUGGAAAGGACUAUUUCUCAACAACUUGGCUCAAUUUCAAAAUUAUGUUCCACCUCCUAAAAGUGGUCUCUCUCUCUACAUUCAGGAAAGGUUGAGCACAAACACGUUUUCUGAUCAAAAUGAACAACACCAAUUUAUUAAGCAGGUUCAAAUGAAUUGGUUAGAAAAUCGAGAAAUAGAUAAGGAAAAGUUUAUUAAAAGAGCAAAAGAACUCAGAGAUGUAGGAAUAAGAAAAGCAUGUGAAUUUCAUUUGAAUCUUUGUAAGGAAAUUGAGGAGAAAAGACGUGAUAGAAAGUCAUCCAUUCGAACAUCAUCUGGAAAAACUAUUUCAUUUGAUAAUUUUGCAUUACUGGAAAAAGAUUUGAAAGCCCUCGAAUCAUUAGGAGCGAGAUUCAAAAAUGUCUACAAAAGUAACAAGCAAUUAAUUGAGGAAUGUAGUGAAAUUCUAAAAAGACAAAUUGUCAUGUCUGAUCCAUUUCCAACAGUUGUUUCGUCGACUGAUUUUAUAGAAACACAUGUGGAUUGGAAUCAAGAAAAUCAGGAUACUUUUCUAUCUUCAGUAAUAGAGUUCAUAAACUCCAUGACAGAGAAUGAUCAAUCAACCUCCAAAUCAUCAAAUGGAAUUUCACCAGAUAUUUGGGAUUUAUAG